AUGCCCAGCGAAGAUGAGGGCUAUAUGCGAAACGGUGAAAACCGUCUUACCGCUUCAGUUUAUGACGAAUCAAAAAAUAAGCUACACUGUGAAGGUCUUGAAUUAAAUGGCCAAUCAAUAAGGGUUGGGAAUCAACAAAAUCGAGGGGAUUCAGAUGAGAAUUCAUCAAACAUGCCGAUCCUGAGGAAAGAAUUAAGCGAAAUCGCAUCGUUUUCAGCUCUUGUACCUUCACUGAAACCGUCAUGUAUAUAUAGACAAAUAGAUGAUCAAAAUUCAUCAGAAUCUAACGCCCCGAAACUGGUUAAACGGUACUUUGAUGAAUUUGGAUUUCGAAUAGAUGAUUUGGAAGGAAGCCUUCCAUGUCCGUUCGUCGAAUCCUCAGCUAAUCGACGUGCCUGGCUAACCUGUCUAGAGUUCUCUCAUACACAUACAUUGGGUGUAUCGAGUUUGGAUGAACAUGAUGCCAGAUACGAUUCAGUUGGAUCUACUGUGGAUGAAGACGAAGACCAAUUAUGGUCUAGAGUACAUUCACGUCUAGUCCAAUCACCUAGACUAACGGAACUUGUAAGAGGACAGGCUGUAGAUGUAGAAGCUCUCGUUAAACCUGGUGAACAACUUGGUAUUCCACACUCUCUCCGACCUCAUAUAUGGCCUAGACUAACUGGAGCCUUACUGAAAGCAAAAGAGUCCAAACAACGAGUCCCAUCUGUAACAUAUACAGAAUUAGUACAACUCAGCUCAACAGAUACGCUUUUGGCAGGAAUUCAAAUUGAAAAGGAUCUUUUCCGUACAAUGCCGAAUAAUCUUUGUUUCCACUCUUCCAACUCCACUGGAAUAUCACGAUUACGUCGAGUUUUACGUGCUUUAGCGUGGUUGUAUGUAGAUGUUGGUUAUUGUCAAGGCAUGGGAUUGAUAGCUGCCAAUCUUCUUUUGUGUUUAGAAGAAGAAACAGCCUUUUGGAUGAUGUGCAGUAUCGUAGAAGAUCUUCUACCACCAUCAUACUUUUCAUCUGUCAGUUUGUUAGGUGUUCAAGCUGACCAACUUGUAUUGAAUCACUUACUUCCAUUCUAUUUACCAGAAUUAGAUAACCUAUUAAAAGAAUACAAAAUAAGUCUACCUCUUGUCACACUACAAUGGUUUCUUACACUUUUUUCAAGUGUAUGUCCUACAGCCUUAACAUUUCGAAUAUGGGAUUUACUAUUCUACGAUGGUUCAGUUGUCCUCUUUCGUAUCUCUCUAGCACUUUUAGCCCACAAGAAUGAUGAAAUAUUGAGUUUGGACAACUCAUCUCAAAUUUUCCAUUCACUUUCCAAUGCCCCAGGAUCAGUGACUGAUAUAAACGAACUGAUCAGAGUUGCUUACAGUCUGGAUGAAGAACAUUUGGAGCCGUCGAACAUAAGCAGUCUCAGACGUCAUUAUCUAGCCCAGCUUAUGGUUGACGAAGGCACUGUCUUGAAACCAGAUUCCCGUCCUAAUUUGCCAAAACAAUACUUAGCCAAGCGACAGUUUCAGCGGCCGAAAUCCCUGUUGACCACACUGUUUGCCUCUGUAACAUCGAAUGGACAAGCAUAUCGUCGAAUAACUGGUAUGGCUGUACCAUUUCAGUAUUCAAUUGGUAAUAAUGAGAUAUCACCGUCAUCCUCAUCAUCGUCAUCAUCAGUGCGUUGUAAGUCUGCCUAUGUCAAUGUUAGUUUACAUGAAGGCAGUGUAGAAGCAGAUGAUCCAAAGUUAAAAAAUGUACACCAAACGGAAAUACUCGUGGAGUUAAAACAAUCCAUUCAGUUGAUUGUACGUCAUUUUCGAACAAAUGAUCCGGAACAACACGGCAAUGCUACAGCGCAUGCUGACUACUCGAUGGAAAGUCAUAAAUUGGACCUGGAUUCUUAUGUACAGGUUGUACAGCAUCGUAGACGACGCGCUAAGGCACUGAUGGACUUCGAACGGUUUGAGAUUGAUGAGCUGGAAUUCCACAAAAACGAUAUAUUAACUAUAAUCAAUUCAGAUGAUGAACACUGUUGGAUUGGUGAGCUUAACAACCAGCGAGGUUGGUUCCCAGCUAAAUUUGUUGAACUGUUAGACGAACGCGGGAAAAACUAUUCAUCCGCUGGUGAUGACGGUGUAGAUAAGUCGAUUGUUGGUCUUGUUCGGGGAAGUCUUUGCCAUUCCCUUGGAGCAGUAUUUUCCCAUGGAUUAAAGCGACCACGUUUACUUGGGGAUGCUGGUUGCCAUCCGUGGCAUUUUAUUGAGGAAGCUGCGGCUAAAGAAGUGGAAAGGGAUUUUUCUUCUGUUUAUUCACGUUUAGUAUUGUGUAAAACCUUUCGAUUGGAUGAAGAAGGCAAAGUCUUAAGCCCAGAAGAAGUCUUAUAUAGGACUAUUCACAGCAUAAACAUGUCACACGAUCUCGCCAACGCUCAUAUGGACAUCAAAUUUCGUUCCCUCAUCUGUUUGGGCUUGAAUGAGCAACUGUUACAUUUAUGGUUCGAAAUUUUGUGUUCAUCGGUAAAGGUGGUCAGUAAAUGGUAUCAUCCUUGGUCAUAUCUACGCAGUCCUGGAUGGGUUCAAAUCAAGUGUGAAUUACGUGUACUCAGUCAAUUCGCUUUUCACCUAUCGCCAACUUACGAACUCAACCAUCUACAAAGUAUUCAUCACAUUCAGCAAAACGGUUUUAUUGGACCGAAAUCGUCUCCUUCGGAUAGCUUGACUCGGCGUAUAAAUAAGUCAGGAUCGAAAAUAAUAUCUUCAAUGGGUAAUCUUUCUGAACUGCACAAAGUGAAACCUUUACAACGUCUAAUGACGGCUUCGUCUGUAGUUGAUCCAAUGAACGAUCCACCUUGUCUAUCGUUGUCACCAAAUCUGCUGGGAAAUGAUGAGAAUUCAAAUGGAAUGACAGACAAAAACAUGACCACUGUUACAACAGAGGCGACUGGUGAUAUGCUGAUCAAGUAUCAUUUGUUUAGUUGGGAACUGUAA